AUGGCAACAAUCCAGAAUAAUGAUUCUCCAAAGGAAUACCUUAAGUGGAAGGUGGUAAAAGAGCUUUGGGAAUGGGAAGUUGGUGCAAAUUCAAAUGAUGUUGCUGAAAAAGAGAAGACUCAAUAG